UUGCAGUUUACACCACUGGAACAACUUAUGGGAGUUUUUCCAGCUGCAAGUGGUAACUUCCUACCUCCAUCAUGGCGGAAGCUCAUGAGUGAUCCUGAUUCUAGUAUAAUUGACUUCUACCCUGAAGAUUUUGCUAUUGAUUUAAAUGGGAAGAAAUAUGCCUGGCAAGGUGUUGCUCUGUUGCCGUUCGUGGAUGAGCGAAGGCUGCGAGCUGCCCUAGAAGAGGUAUACCCAGACCUCACUCCAGAAGAGACUAGAAGAAAUAGUCUUGGAGACGAUGUCUUAUUUGUGGGGAAACAUCACCCACUGCACGACUUCAUUUUAGAGCUGUAUCAGACAGGUGCCGCAGAGCCAGUGGGUGUACCACCUGAACUAUGUCAUGGGAUUCAAGGAAAGUUUUCUUUGGAUGAAGAAGCCAUUCUUCCAGAUCAAAUAGUGUGUUCUCCUGUUCCCAUGUUUCAGGAUCUGACACAGAAUGCUGCAGUCAGGUCAUUUUUCCAAAAUACGUGACAUUCGCCCAAAACACAGCUCUGAGCUUGCAAAUAAGUUUAAGAAGACCUC